AUGUGGGAAACAGGAGGAGUCCGUGCCCAUCAGAGAAUCCACACAGGGGAGAAGCCAUAUAAGUGUCGGGAGUGUGGAAAAUGUUUUGCUCAGAAAGUAGCACUUUGGAAAUAUCCAAAGGUUCACUCAGGAGAGAAACCCUAUAAGUGCAGCCUGGAAAAACAUUCUGGCCAAAGUUUUGCUUGCAAAUUGCCUCUGGUGACAAGGAACCGCAAGCAAGCAACUAUGGAAUCUGUGCAAGGGGGAAAAUGCUUCAACCGAAGAUCACCUCAGAGGAAUUGGGAGAGGCUCUUCACGUGCUCUGAGUGUGGGAAACCCUUUGCUUACCGGUCCCUCCUUUUGAUCCACCGGAAGCUGCACACGGGGAAUGGAUCCCAUCUGUGUUCGACAUGUGGGAAAUCCUUUCCUGAAGUGUGGGCCUUUGCCAAGCAUCUCAGGAGCCAUCCUGAACUGAGGCCCUACAAAUGCGGAGAGUGCGGGAAGCGUUUUGCUAAAGGCUCGGACCUUGGAGCCCAUCAGCGGAUCCACCAGGGAAAGAGACCUUGGGAAUGCCAGAACGGGUGGAAAACACUGGGCUUGUCUCAGAGGUCAGAGCUGCUUCAACGUCAGGAAAUCCACCCAGGAGAGAAAUCUUACAAGUUCGGGCAAGGCGGGAAGGGCCUCCCUCAGAAGUCCCAGCUUUGGCUCCAUGGGAAGGAUGACCAAGAAAUAAAGUCUUACCGAUGCUUUGUGUGUGAAAAAACCUUCCCUGAAAGUUCCUCUCUUCGGAAACAUGAGAGUCAGCACACUGCUCCGGGAAGGGAAGAGUGUCCAGAAUGUGGGAAGUUUUUCACUUGGAAAUUAAGCCUGGUGCGACAUCGGAGAAUUCACUCUGGGGAGAAACCCUACGAAUGCCCAGAAUGUGAGAAGCGGUUUACGUAUUCGCAGGAUCUUGUAAAACACAAAAUGACGCACAAAGGAGAAGAAUGUGAGGAGGGUGGGAAACGGUGUCUCUCACGGACACAGACUGGGAUUCAUCAGAGCAGCCACACAGGAGAGAAGCCCUACAAAUGUGGGGAGUGUGGAAAAUCCUUUGUUCGAAAGGGAGGCCUCUUUGAACAUCAGAAGAUCCACUCGCGGGAGAAGCCCUUUCACUGUAUCGAGUGUGGAAUGUAUUUUCAUACCAUAGCCAGCCUCCGGCGUCAUGAGAAACUUCACAGAGGGGAGAAAGAUUACAAAUGUUUAGACUGUGGGAGAACAUUUGCCUAUUCCACAUCCCUUAGAAAUCACAGCCGCAUAAUGCACGACGGAGUGACGCCCCAUAAGUGCUUCGAAUGUGGUAAAUGUUUUUGCAGAAAAGCAAAUCUUUUGAGGCAUCAGCAAAUUCAUUCCGGAGAAAAACCUUACCAGUGUCAGGAAUGUGGGAAAUCUUUUCCUCACAAAGAAUACCUUAGGAAUCACGAGAAAUUUCACGCAGGUGAGAAACCUUACAAGUGCGGGGAAUGUGGGAAGGCCUUUACUCGCAGUUCGGACCUUCGGGUACACGAGAAGAUACACACAGGAAGAGGUUCUUAUCCAUGCCCUGAGUGUGGGAAGAGUUUCAGUUGGCGUUCAUCUCUUCGGAGGCAUAAGAAAGCACAUACAAGUCAGCAAAAGUGCCCAGAAUGUGGGAAAGGUUUUUCCCACAAAUCAAAUCUGUUGCGACAUCAAAGAGUUCACACUGGAGAUGGACCCUAUGAAUGCCCAGAAUGUGGGAAACGAUUUGUGGAGUCUGCUGAACUUCAGAGACACCAGAAGGGGCACACAGGAGAGAACCCCUAUCAAUGUGGGGAGUGUGGAAAAAGUUUCUCUCAAAAGUCAGAACUUUGUGUACAUCAGAGCAUCCAUGCUGGGGAGAAGCCGUAUAAAUGUGGGGAGUGUGGGAAAUGUUUUGCUGAAAAGGAACAACUUGGAGAACAUCAGAAAAUUCACUCAGUGGAGAAGCCCUAUCAGUGCUUCGAGUGUGGAAUAUUUUUCCGUCGCAAAUCAGCCCUUAUAAGUCACAUGAAAGUUCACACAGAGGAAGAAAUUGUUCUAGAUUGA